AUGGUGCUCUCGUGGCUCGUUUUUGCAUUGCCCCUGGCUAUCCCAUUGUCGACCCCCGCUAGCUGUUCCACCGGCCCCAUCGUGUCGACAAGGACUGGAGUCGUGCGCGGUUUGCGCCGGGUCGUUCUGGAGGACAAAGUCGUAGAAUCUUCUACGGGAAUCCCGUACGCCAAGGCCCCCGUGGGCAAGCGGAGGUUCCGGAGGCCAGAGCCCGGGAAGCCCUGGAACGGAGCCCUGGACGCCACGCGACCGGCCCCGGCUUGCACGCAGACUUCUAUCGUGGACGCGAAGCCCACGUUCCAGGAAACAACUUCGGCCACUAGUGAAGACUGCCUGUUCCUGAAUAUCUGGACACCGAAACGGGAACUGUCAAAGAAACGGAGCGUCAUGGUCUGGCUGUUUGGAGGCGCUCUUCUUACCGGUUCAGCUACCGACGGCGCUGUCCUGGCAGCCUACGGAGACGUCGUCGUUGUCACAUUAAACUACAGGCUGGGUGUCUUUGGAUUUCUCUACGGCGGAACAGAAGACGCGCCCGGUAAUCAGGCGCUCUACGACCAAGCGCUCGCGCUCACUUGGGUGAGAGACAACGUCGAUCGCUUCGGUGGGAGUCCUGACUCCAUUACACUGUUUGGACAAAGUUCAGGAGCCUGGAGCGCCACAUUUCAUCUGAUUUCGCCCAUCACCCAAUCUAUGGUACGCAAGGCCAUCAUCCAAAGCGGAGGGUUCGACCGGAAAGGUAUAGUAAGCAAAGAUACCGAUAUGCUCAAGAGAGCUCAUACGUUUGCUGAAUUUUUUGGCUGCUCGCGUGAAGCCAAUUCUACGGGAAAGUUAACUGCUGAAACGGUUGACUGCCUUAGGUCCGCAAAUUCCACUGAACUAAGCGUCACGGAGAGGCUGUUCACAAUGCUCAAAACCGCUUUCUUCCAACCUAUAUACGGGGACGAGUUUAUGCCGGUGGAACCACGACUGGCGAAGUUCCCGGGUAACAAGGACAUUCUUAUUGGACAGGUGGAAAAUGAAGGAGCCUUUUACAUCUCUCAAGAUUUUAGAGAUACAUUCUCCCAGACGAAACCUUCGAGAAAAAUAAAUAAGAUCGAAAUGGAGUACUUCUUGGGCAAGAUUUUUCUCUCGUUGAACCUCCCUUCGCUGAAGAGAGUACAUGAAGAGUACAUGGGAAAUCUGCAAGACUUCGAUUACGAUGCCUUGAGACAGGCGUUGGUAAAUGCAAGAGGAGAUUCUCACGUUGUUUGUGGUUUAGUGGGGGCUGCGCUAAAGUUUGCGAAUGCGACGAUGUUGAAGAACACGGGAGCGGGUGUGUACUACUACAAGAUCAGCCAUGUGCCUCGAUGCAUGGAAAGAGAAGCCUGGUUGAAAACAACGCACGCGAACGAUGUACCCUACGUUUUUGGAAACAGUCUUGAGGACGGUGGUUGCGCUCCUGAUCGCGCCAUCAGCCGCACAGUCAUGCGUCUAUGGAGCGGUUUCGCCAAGAAAAGGUGA